CGUGACGUCAGGCUGUCUCCACUGUGCCUCCGCCUACCACCUCUGCAUCAGACUGAGGUGGUUGUUCCCUGAGGCGGCUGCGGCGGUCGAUUUCCUGCCCUUCCCCGCACCGUGUACCCGACUACCGAGCUCGAGACGUAGUCCCCGGGUCUCAUCUGAAGCCCUCAAAGGCUCCUGGACCUCGGCGAGUUGAAGAGGCAAGUGCGCACAUCACUGUGAGUGGCGGAGGCGGCGGCGGCAGCGGCAGCGGCAGCAGCGUCCGAGGCGAACUAGGACUUAAAUACUCGGCAUCAUGACUCUGAGGCUCUUAGAAGACUGGUGCAGGGGCAUGGAUAUGAACCCGCGGAAAGCACUGUUGGUUGCCGGCAUCCCUACGACUUGCGGAGUGACAGACAUCGAGGAGGCCCUGCAGGCUGGCCUGGCUCCCUUGGGGGAAUACAGACUGCUUGGGAGGAUGUUCAGGAGGGAUGAGAACAAGAAUGUAGCCUUGAUAGGCCUUACAGUAGAGACUAGCAGUGCUCUGGUUCCCAAGGAGAUACCUGGAAAAGGAAGUGUCUGGAGAGUGAUCUUUAAGCCUCCUGAUUCUGAUAAUGAAUUUUUGUGCAGAUUAAAUGAGUUUUUAAAGGGAGAGGGCAUCACGAUGGGUGAAUUGACCAGAGUUCUUGGGAAUCGAAAUGACCCUCUCAGCCUAGACCAGGGCAUGAUCCCUGAAAUGCGAGCCCCCGUGCUGGCACAGGCAUUAGAUGAGGCUCUUAAGCCUACCCUGCAGAAUCUGAGGUACAAAAAGCUGAGUGUAUUCUCAGGCAGGGAUCCUCCAGGACCAGGUGAAGAAGAUUUUGAAUCCUGGAUAUUUCAUACUUGUCAGGUAAUGAGAACAUGGCACGUGUCAGAUAUAGAGAAAAGAAGGCGGUUGAUAGAGAGCCUUAGAGGCCCAGCAUUUGAAAUUAUUCGAGUCCUCAAGAAAAACAAUCCUUUCAUUACAGUUGCAGAAUGCCUGAAGUCUCUUGAGACAAUAUUUGGGAUUAUUGAUAGUCCUAGGGCAUUGCAGGUCAGAUACCUUACUACUUAUCAGAAGGAUAAUGAAAAGCUAUCUGAAUAUGUUCUAAGGUUGGAGCCUUUAUUACAGAGAUUGGCACAGAAAGGACUAAUUGAGAGAGAAGUUCUGAAUCAGGCCCGUCUAGACCAAAUCGUUGCAGGGGCAGUCCACAAGACAGUUCGAAGAGAGCUUGGACUGCCUCAGGGUGCAGCCCCAACCUUACUGCAGUUACUGGCAAUGGUAAAUGAUAAGGAGGCAGAGGAGGAGGAAGAGGAGGAAGAUGCCCUUCAGGCUGAAUUAGAAGGGUGUUUCACUUGACCCCAGACCAGCAAGGAUGUUAUGAUGAGCAGAACAUGAUGGAGAAAUUCAUUUCAGUGAACAGCUCAUUCCCACCUUGUGCUGCCAAUGUGUUACUGACAUGGAAAAUGUCAUUCUACAUUGAUGCUUAUUUAAAUCAAACAAUCAGUCAUUCUGAUUCUAGUCAUUCUAGUGCAGUGUUCCAGAAGGCCACACAAAGUUCAUCUGUACGUCCAGUAGUUGUGUGUGACCUUGUUAUCAGUUCCAAGUUCAAAGUGUUGCCCACAUUUAUGGUGAAGACCCUAAGCCAAGGCUGGCUAAGAUAUUUAGGGUUUCUUUCUUUCUUUUUUUUUUUUUAAUAAUCAGUUAUUGAUUCUGUGCAAUAAAAAAGCAAAAUUGAAUGCUGAGGCUGAGUCUACAACAGCUAUCUUUAGGUUUGUGAUAUAGCUGAUGUGUUGUCAGAGUGUCUGGUUUUAAAUGUCAUUUUCUUGGUGUUAUAAAAUUGAAUAAAGAAAUGCUAAUAAUAGAA